GUAUUGUAGGGUACGGUGAAAGACCUGAUGUGAUAACUCCGAACUACAGCAGAAUCAGUUUAAGUUCUAGACCUCCUUCCUCCAUAUCCUUAGAUAAGUUGCCUCGGAAGAAGCAGGCGUUGGCCCAGGUCUGCAUGGACGGGAACAUGCUCAUGCAGAACCUCAAGGUUGAGGAUAAACCACAGUCUGAGCCUAGUGUGGUAAUGGUGAAUCCUAUGGAUUCAACUCCAAAUCUUUCAAAUAGAAGAAGAGUGUCUUUCAACCCUAUUACAGUUACAGAUCCUGUCAGUUCCUUCUCCACCUGUCCUAUUCCUCCUUCUCCUGGUACAAGGAGACGUCACUUCUCCUUCCAACCUAUAUCUCCUAAAUCAGGAGCUCUGCAGUCCCCACCCGCCUCCCCCUUUGUGUCUCCUAGAAGUACUCCAGUGCAUAUGCUCAGAUCAAGGCAUUCUUCCGGGUCAGCUCUUCCUGUGCAUCUUCUUCCAGGAACUGGACGGAAUCACCAUCUAUCUGGGUGUAGUGAUGUAUCACGAGCUGCUACCUAUGGUUCUGCGUCUGAGUCUAGUACACCGUUCAUAUCUCCGCAGGGAACUCCCAUUCCGUUCAACAGAUCCCGACACAACUCUGCACAGCCUCGACUCUGUAGAUCCAGGCAUUCAAGUGGUCUUAGUCUUAAUAUCCAGUAUCCAGCUAGGUUCAAUACUACUCCUUACUCUCCUGGUGCACUUAGUAACCUCAACAACCCGUUCUCCCCACAGCCAUCUACUCCUCUCCAGGGAUCUGAUCAGGACCAGAUCUACUCACAACCUGGGCAUAUUAAUCAGUUUAAUAAUACAAACUCAGAGGACCCUAGGUCUAGACACUCUAGUGCGGGAUCCGAGCAGGCACCCCGGUCCGCUCCCCUCUCCCCGUACAGUACAACGCCAGUAUCUGGUACGCGUGUACGCCAUCAGUCAGCAGGAGGAGCCAUUGCCACUGCCACCAUUCAUUACAGGCCGAGUUGGCCGUCUAAUGGUGAAUAUUCGCACAACGAGGACGUUUACCAGACUACAUACACAACUAGUCAGCCUCCUGUCCCCUCCCCUCUAGAGUCUAGUAUGAACACUGCCCCCUCCCCUCACCACCAGGUGAUGCAUGCUUCCCCCUCCCCCCACCACCAGGGGUUGCAUAAUCAGUCAACUCUUCAACAAAUCCACAAUCAACCUUACUCAUACCAGGUGGAAAGCUUAAGCCAUUCUGUCACCAACUCCUAUAGAACCCAGAACCUAGACUCGGAGUUCGGAGGAGAUAAUGAAGACCUAGAUCUUCUGGAUCUUCAGGAAGGACUGGAAGGGGAGGAUGAGGGGAAGGGAAGAAAGGAUGGCGAUGAGCUGGAUUUGGCUCUGUCUGCUCUACGAGACUGUGAUACGGAUUUCUCCAAGUUUUUACCGGAAGUUGAGAACUCUACUAAUCAUUGAAUGAUUCAAAAUUUUUAAUAUAUCUGUAAGUUUGUUUGCAAUAUUGUGAUGUAAACUGAAACAAAACUGAGAGGCGCCUUCCUUUUUAUUUAUCCCGUAACCAUAUCUCGUAGAUUUAUAAAUUUGCAUUUCAUGUCAA